CUUAGUCAUUUCCAUGUAACAAGAAAACGUUAGAUGUUGUAAAUAGUUAUCGAACAUGAUGAUUGAAUAUCAGAGUUUUUUCUGAACCCGGAGCUUUUCCAACACGCUGAUCUGACCUGCUUCUUUGGCAACGUCAGUUAUUGAUAAAUGACAGAAGACAUGAAAGGGAGAAGAUGAUCUGCAGGAUCCUUCUGCUCAUCAGCCUGACCUCCUGUGUCUGUGGAACAUUUGUAGUGAAUGUGACACAGACCUCCUAUCAGGCAGAGGAGAACCACAACAUCACACUGGAAUGGAUGUUUACAACCAAACCUGACAGUUCCUCCACCUCACUUAACAUCUUCUGUGAACUGUUAACUGAUGUUAAAUCCUUGAUCCUGUAUCAUGUACAUAAGGGUGUUGAGUCUCCAGAGUCUCAGGAUGAACAGUUUGCAGGACGAGUUCAGUGUGACAAAGACGCCCUCAGAGAAGGACGAAUCAGACUUCAUGUGUCCAGACUCAGGACUGAUGACUCGGGUCUUUACCUGUGUGAAGUGCACACAGAUUAUGGUGGGAGCUCUGGCAGAUGUCGCCUUAAUGUCACUGCUGUUGAUCAGCCCAAAACUCAGAAACCUACUGUGAGACCACAACCAGAGAGUGGGGGAAGGAUCAGCCUCUACGUUGGACUGACAGCAGCUGUACUCGCUGUCUGUGCUGGACUCUACUUUGCCUACAGACUCUGUUCUAAACGUCAUCACAGAGAAAACGUUGUGGUAUAUGAAAACAUCUGUCCAGCAGAAUAGAAGUUGUGUUUCUCAGAGAUCAGACUUCUGUCUGUCACUGCAUCUUUUUACCUUCUGGGUCCAUGAAGCUACUUUUUCCUGCACAUCCAACCAGACCUCUGACCUUUUCACCUGAGAGAACCCAGCAGGAUAAGUGGUGGGAGCUUGGCAGAUGUCGACUCAAUGUCACUGCAGCUGUUGAUCAGCUCAAACCUCAGAAACCUGCUGUGAGACCACAACCAGAGAGUCGGAGAAGGAUCAGCCUCUACGUUGGACUAACAGCAGCUGUACUCGCUGUCUGUGCUGGACUCUACUCUGCCUUAAGACUCUGUUCUAAACCUGAUGAAAGAUGAUGAACAGAGUUAUAUUUUGGGCAGAAUGCCCCUAUAGGACUCAAAACCAUCACAUUUCCUAUUUUAAUUUAUUAUGAAGUAUUUAUUUACUUUCGUCUAACAUGGCGCGUUACAUUAACACAACUUAAUUAGGAGUCCAACCCCUUCAAGGUAUUGGCCCGACUAUUAACCAAUAUCUGAAGUGCCAUAUUGAUUAGUGCAAAUGGGCGUGGCCUAUCACAUAUUUGAUCAUAACUCAAGAUGCGCUAAGUCCUGAACAUACACACCAAGUUUUGUUCACAUCAGUUGAGGGGGGACAAAAUGGCGGAACUUUAAGUGUGCGGUUAUUGAAAUGCUGCAGGCUUUGUGAUGAUCAAACAAGUGUGUGAUUGGUCUCAUUCCUUCUUUAAACAGAGUUAAAGUAGCUGAAGUGACUUUGUUUGACUUUGUGAAGCCUAGAACCUGAUCACUUUUGCUUUGAAGCUUUAAUUUUCAAUGAUUGAGCUGCCUCCUUAGUUGAGCACGAAGUGCCGCUUGUGGCUAAAUUUACACCCUGUGUUUACUGUUUACACUAUGAAGAUUUACACAAUGCAUGUCAAUAUUUUGUACAUUUCAUUUCAUCCUCCCCAGUUUACAGCUGCGGCAGCUCUUCUCACUUAGAAUGUUUUUACAUAUUUGUUAUUGUGAGUCUCUUUCUUUUUUACGUUAUUAAAUGACUUUAUUUACUUGGCAAAAACCUGUUUCUGAUUUUAUUUACACUUUUUAAAAUGUCUCUAAAACGUGUUUUCAUUCCUCUGCAAAGCACUUCUUCACUCUAUUAAACAUUUUCUGACUUGAA